CUUGCAUGAUGCGGUGAGCGUGGCACUAGAUCAGUGUUGCACAAAACAAAAACACAUACAUACAUACAUUUGUUUACAUUGAACUUUUCUUGGAAAAAAUCAUAAAUACCCUCAAUAAGAGUAUCAAGAACCAGACACACACACACACCCCCACAACCGGGAAAACUUUGGCCAAUACUUUUGGUUUUUUUUUUGGUUAUUGCGGCGGCUGCGUUUAUUUGACAAAUAUAAAACACAUUUUCACCCCAGAUGACGACGACGCCGUCAUCAUUGUCCUGUGAGCGUCGUCCUCACCCAAAAGUCCAGACGAGCAUUAAUAAAAAUAAUAUUUUUGCACGCUCCAGAGUCCGGAUAAAAAACAAGCACAGCGGGGGACGCAGCCAUCCUGUUACACAGGACGCAGAACGCCGGAGUUCUUGGUCCAACUUCUGUUUGCCACUUUGCAAAUAUUUGCUAGUCGCGCAAAACACUUUGCGGGCCAUGGCCAACAAGGAAAAAAAACGCAAGAAGGCCGAAGGACAGCGACCUGCACGGACAUCCAAAGACACGAUUUUGAAGAUCUGGCUAGAGCUCGAUUAAAGCGUCAAAAUCUGUGAAUGAAAAUUUUGAGAAAAAUACAUUUUUAGAGACUUGCUUAAAAAAAAGAUCGGUUCGAAAUGCACUGCUUGAUUUAUUUAUUCCUAGCCCUCGGCACCAAUUUGCUAUUGAUUAUAUUUCUAGGCAGAAUUUAUUAUAAUAUCAGACCGUUAAUUGAUGAAAUUUUGCGCCAUCGCUAAGCAAAAAA